AUGUUGCAGCAUUAUCCGUGUUGGAUUGAUUCCCAGAUAGAACAGCAAUUGGGUAGAGUAAUAGUUGAUGCUCAGAAUGUCUUUAAGUUCAGGAACCUCUACGGCGGCGGCCUCGUCGUUUGCUCGAUAAAGGAAUCCAUUUUAUUAGGGUGUAUAUAUACAAUAAUGGCAGCACCGGAAAUUACCGUUCAAACCCCUCAUGCGGAUGAGGCGGCUUCUCACAGUGACAAUACUGAGGAGGAGAAGAAAGAGAAAACAAAUGACGGCGGCAAAGCAUCCAAUGCACCUACUCCCAUCUCAGGUCUCGCCGCCCUAGCAGCUGACGCAGGUAGGAAGAUGCACACGCAGCCUAUUCGUGUGUUUGAAGGAAGCGGCAAAAUGGGAGCUGCAGGAAGUGCAGACAGCAGCCCCAAACCUGCGGGGUCUCCUCUUCACGGAGCUGCAUCGCCAGUCGUCGGCGGCGUUCGAGUAAUGCCAGCGGCAGACGAAGAAAUGCGCAAAAUUCUGGCUGCAAGACUGCGGAAAUCUGAAUGA